AUGUUGUUUUUACUCUCACUUUUUGUCCUAACAACAUUUGCAGAGAACUUCAUUCGAUUCCCAUAUCCGGGUCUUCCAAGCACUGAUUUGGACGGGAAGAAAGACUACCAAAUCUUCCGAAAGAAACAACAAGCAUACCUUUUGAUCAAUAUGCUCCGUGUCGACCCACAAGGCUUUGUCGAGAAAUAUAUGAAACCGGUAGUUGCUGACGAUUCGUGGCGACUCCUCUUCAAAACUGAAUCGCUCCGUCUCAAAAAGUUCCCGGACUAUUACCCACUCUACCAAGACGCGUUACUUGAACAAACUGCGUCCCACGCACGACUUGGCGAGUCAUUUGCGAAUGUGAGAAGUCGCUUGAAAAGUAAAUUGCCGGAGAAACUCGAUGGCUUCAUCCCUGGGUAUAAGCCUUUGAAAUUACUUGCUCAAACGUUGAUGUGGAAGACGAAGACGCAAAACGACUUCUUCUCAUAUUUGUGCCACGGCUAUUAUCAGGACUUCAAUCACUGCGGAAAGAAGGACUUGGCGCUGUCUGGGUGCAAAGCCGAUUACAUCAACAGGAAGACCCCAAGAGGACGAGUUAGAUUCUUAUUACGCCCGUCCGGUGCUGUCGGGUGCAAUACUGUUAACACCAUUGUGAAGGACGAGAACUUGUUUGCGUGUGAUGUGACAUAUCCCGACUUCACUCCACGGCUUCGAAUCAAAUCCCCGAUGGUAGCAGGCAAUUGGUUUAACACUGGUGUUGGGAAUAGUCGGGUCUAUGCUGUAGUUAUUCACGUCCCAAGACACGAAAUAGUGUCGAAAGUCCAUUUGGUUGUUGACGGGAAGAGAAUUGAAAUGCCGUUGACGCUUCAAAAUGGCGUUUCAAAGGUGUAUUCGAUUGCUUACUCCCCACUGAAACAUACUCCAAGUCUGAUGAAAGGGUACUUCUUCCAUGCCGUCAUCAAUGGGAAGAACUUCUUCUACCCCGCGCAAUACUAUUUUGACUGGGAAGAGAAUAUGAAGUUGGACACGAAACAGAGAUACAACGGGUUCUGUAAAGUCCCCUUCCCUGAUCGAACGUGUGAUAUUUGCGACGACGGAUAUAGAAAUGUCGACGGCCGCUGUGUUAAAUGUAACUUUGAGAACUGCGCGCAGUGCACUGAAUCUGUCUGCACGAACUGCACGAGAGGAUUUAUGCUGUCGUAUGGAGAAUGUAAGGCCAAAUGCAUGGAGAAUUGCGACGUGUGCAGCUAUUCCACGACAUGCGAUCGAUGCCAUCCCACGCACUUCUCUAAUUCAACGAACUCGACGUGCACAAUUUGCGCUGAGAAGUUUGGAGAAGACUGCGCAACAUGCACGAACGAGAAGUGCUUGACCUUCUUCUGUCAGCACAACGACCCGGAGUGUUCUCAUAAACGGACACCAGGGCAAUACUACUCUGAGAUCACACAGAAGUGCGAGAAGUGUUCUGAAGGGUGCAAGAGUUGUGAUUAUCACCCCAGCAAAGGGUCGAUGUGCACUAUGUGUAAUGUUGGCUUAUUCUUAACUCCCGAAGGUGAGUGUAUUCCAUGUCAUUAUGUUGAUGGAUGUGCGUCUGGACAAUGUGAUGGGAACAAGUGUUUACGAUGCAAGAAGGGCUAUUAUUCCAUUGGGAAAGGAUGUGUCAAGUGUGAAGAAGGGUGUGGGAACUGUGAAUCUCCAUCAGGGAAGUGCAUUGAUUGUGCUUACGGUCACUUUUUGGAUGAAGAGUAUGGGAAGUGUGUUGAGAGCAUAGAAGUUGAGCAUUGCGAGAGGAAUAACACGAAUGGAGUCUGUGCGAAGUGUAAAGCUGGCUAUGGGUUUGAUAAGUAUCACAAAUGUGUCACAUGUGAUGCAUCAUGCAAGAAGUGUACCUUUGCAGACAAGUGUGAAGAGUGUAAAGAAACGUUCUAUAACGAUCAUCAACACUGUAUUCCAUGCUCAAGAAGAGGAUGCGACUUGUGUGACGCGAAUGAAUGUUUCUCAUGCCAAGCGAACGCUUAUCUCCACAAUGGAGUUUGUGUCAGAGGACCCCCGGGAUGCUCGUUAUGCCAUAACAAAGCUCCAGUCUGCAAAGUCUGUGAGAAAGGAAUGAAGAUGGAAGAUGGGCAUUGUGUGCCGGACUGUGAUGUGAAGAAUUGUGCGAAGUGCAAUGGUGAUGAGAGUUGCCGCUACUGUAAAUCGACAUUGAACCCAUUCUAUGGGUAUGAGCCUGCUCCAAAUAGUUCUGAGCCAUGUCCAUUUGUGUGUGAUCCUGUUGAAUUGAAUUGUUACGUCACCGAGAAGAUGAAGAGAGGAGAGGUAGACGCUUGCUUCUCGUUGGGAUGCAAAUACUGCCCACCACACACAUUUAGAAGAAAUCACAAGUGUGAGAAGUGCCCGAACAACUGUGCUUACUGUUUGAAUGAGAAAGAGUGUGUCAAGUGUUUGCCCGGCUUCUCAUAUUAUAUGGGCGAAUGUUUUGCUUGUAACAAGAAUGGUACUUGUGGUGAAGGAGAGUAUAUGGACAAAUGCACGUGCACCACUUGCGCGAAGAAAUACGCCAACUGCAGAGCUUGUGAUGGCGAUCAAUGCAUCGACUGUGCCCCUCAUUUCACACUCUCGGAAGAUAAGAGCCACUGUGUCCCAUGCACUAAGAAGACAUGUCCUAUCACUCCCCCAGAGCCAUGCCGUGGUAAAGGAUGCAAUCCAGUCCAUCCAGACUGUGAAGGAGAUUGCCCAAUCGAUCCAAUUACACCAACUGAUCCUGUUAACCCACCAACAGUUACACCAGUAGAACCAGUCGUGCCAGUGGAUCCAGUUCAACCCGAAGAGUGCACUGCGACUGCCAAUUUCUCAAGAGUUGGUGACGAAUAUAAGUUUGAUCCAAUGUGCGUCCAAAAGGAUAAAGAGUGUUAUUGCACGAAAUGCGCCUGUGGGUAUGAGUUGUCCGUUGAGACACACGUCUGCACUGAGUUGCCAGAAAGCAAGAGAAUUCCAUUGUGCUGUGAAGCCGAGGACGGAUGUUGCACAAGAUGCCCCGGUGGAUAUAAAUUAGGCAAUUGCAAGUGUAUUCAAGACUGUAAGUGUGGUGAGAACGACGAUGGGACAUGCAAAGAGACUGUUGGUAUUGAUAACUGCAAGACUGUUGGCUGUGACAAUGUCUGCACGGAAUGUUUGAGUGGCUUCUAUUUGAAUGGAACAACGUGCUCAGCUUGUAUGGGUAAUUGCACCAAAUGUGAGAAUAACAAUUCGUGUGUUGAAUGCGCUGAUGGCCUGUUCUUGAACGAGACUACUUUGAUCUGUGAGCCAUGCAAGAACUGCUCAGGGAAGUGUGAUUCCACUGGUCUUGUAUGCACCAAGUGCACUGUUGGUCAAUACCUCAACGAGACUUCUGGUGUUUGUGAGAGUUGCCCAAGCUGUGAGGAGUGUGUUGUGAACGAAGGAAAGGUGUACUGUACUUUGUGUGCUGAUGGAAGUGUCCCCAUCGAUGGUGUGUGCACUAAACAAACCACUUUUAUGAGGUCCGCUGGUGUUAGAGUCUCCGUUCUGUUCCUUGUUGCCAUGAUCUUUGUUGCGAUGUUCUAA